AUGUCAAGCCACCUAGCCAGUCUCCGACGUACGCAGACGGAUUUCGCAGACGAAACAACAACGAGUCCACUCCGCCAUGGAUCAACAGCAUCCACAAGCUCGUCUAUCUACACUGCCUCCACCAAUUCCCUCGCCCCCAGUCGCACCAGUACUGUCUCAUCGACUGCAUCAAUCGGAUCGAUGCCCAGUAUCAGUCAUAGACGAGGGAAGAGUGAACUGAAUAAGAGUCCGUUCGACAAAAUGGCCGGAGGGCGCUCCGAAGUGGGAACUUUGUCCAACGCGGGCGCAACAUACGAGAACAUUCGCCGUUCUUUGCGGCCACUCUCUCAAGCACCUAAUGCAUCGCCCCCCUCGAAUAAACAGUCCAUUUACCGCCAUUCUCGCAGCCAGACUGUCGACCAUCCGCAGUACUGGAAGGAAAAUCGUCCCCAAACACCUACCUCUCGUAACACAUUUCAUCAUGACAUCGAAGAAUUGAAAGAUACGGACUCGCACGCCUCAACAACACCUACCAAAAGCGAAGUGCCUCUUGAUAUGCAACCGCAUACUGUUUCACCUCACACGCGACCCCACAUGAAACCGCAACAUUCUCAUAGCUUGUCCAGUCCUGCACCAAUCACGCAUACCCUUUCGGCGCCUGAGCUCGAAACAUUCCAGAAAUCAUCGACAGGUCACCUGCGGACGCUCUCGAAAUUCGCAAAAGCGGGAGAAACAGAUGAAUUCGGCCUUGAUACCUACAGCUCUUCUGUGAUAGGACUGCAAGGACGACGGCGUUUGAAGAGAGCAGACUCAGUGGCUAAAAAAGAUGGCUCCAGCAUCGUGCGCAAGAAGCCCGCGUCGGCCUGGGCGGCAGGCAAUUGGAUGGACAAACAGCGACAAUUCCUACAGGCUUACGAAUACUUGUGCCAUAUUGGAGAAGCUAAAGAGUGGAUCGAGGAAGUUAUCCAGAAGCAAAUCCCUCCGAUCGUGCAACUAGAGGAAGCUCUUCGCGAUGGUGUGACGCUUGCAGAAGUGGUACAAGCGAUGAAUCCCAACCGGACGUUUCGAAUAUUCAGACAUCCGAAACUUCAAUAUCGACACUCGGAUAAUAUCGCCAUGUUUUUCCGAUUCUUGGAUGAUGUGGAAUUGCCCGAACUUUUCAGGUUCGAGCUGAUUGAUCUAUAUGAGAAGAAGAAUAUUCCCAAAGUCAUACACUGCGUUCAUGCCCUAUCAUGGCUGCUGUUCAAGAAAGGCCUUGUUGAGUUUCGCAUGGGAAAUCUCGUAGGCCAGCUUGAAUUCGAACACCACGAGCUGGAGCAAACACAGAAGGGUCUCGAUAAGGCUGGUGUCAGCAUGCCUAGCUUUUCGGGAAUGGCUGCGAAUUUCGGGGCAGAACCUGAGCCGGAGCCGGAGCCGGAGCCAGAAUCCGAAGAGGAGAGAAUCCAACGCGAGUUGCACGAGAGCGAAGCGUCAAUUGCUGAUUUCCAAGCUCAAAUUAGAGGCGCAAUGACGCGCUUGAAGCUGGGAAACCUUAUGAAUGACCUUUGGGACUUUGAACCUUUCUUGGUGGAAUUGCAAUCCCGGAUUCGCGCUGACUGGGCCCGUCAAAUCAUUCAAUAUCGCUUGGACAUGAAGACCUUUGCCACAAAUCUUCAAGCGCUUUGCCGAGCAUUCCUUGUGCGAAGCCGCCAGAGUAGUGUCCAGAAACACCACCAGGCCAACGAAACGGGUAUCAUGCAGCUACAAAGCCUCAUUCGUGGCGCCAAAGCAAGGGCCGACGUUGACUAUUUGCGAAAUCAGAUUCGGAAAGAGGAAUCCGGCAUCAAACAGAUUCAGGCGGCGAUGAGAGGAGCCUUGCAGCGCAAGACUGUAUCAGAGAUGUACGAGGAUACAAGAUUCGCGGAAAAUGAGGUCCGACUACUGCAAGCUGCUAUCCGGGGUGCUCUCCAGCGCAGUCAAGUUUCAACGCAGCUGGAAGCUGUUCAAUCCGCUGCGGACAGCAUCACCGCACUUCAAGCGAUUAUCCGAGGAGCUCUGCAACGUAACCAGGUCUCGCAGCAAUACGAAACCGCGCAUUCCGCUGAGGACAAUAUCGCGAAACUUCAAGCAUAUAUCAGAGGUGCCCUGCAACGCAGCCUAGUCUCACAGCAGAGUGAAGCUCUACGCUCCGUGGAAGACAGUAUCACGGCACUACAGGCACAUAUCCGAGGUACUCUGCAACGCAGCCAAGUCUCUGAACUGCAUGAAGCCACACGGUCGGCGGGAGAUGAAAUAACAGCACUCCAGUCAAUCAUCAGAGCCGGCAUCUUACGGCAGCAGGUGAAUGUGCAGAACGCAGAGAUCAGUAGCACUGAAGCGUCCACGGUGUCUCUACAAGGGAAGAUUCGCGGGAUGCUGAUGAGAAAGUCCAUUGCUGAGAUCAAGGAAGCGCUCGCCCUUGAGUUGACCGCCAUUACUACUAUUCAAGCGGUUGCUCGAGGCCGUGCACUAAGAGAGUGUCAGCAUCAACAAGCGGUAGCACUUGAGGAGACGACCAGCGACUGCGUCUCGCUUCAAUCACUGGCUCGUGGUGGGGCAGUGAGAACAGCCCUUCAGCAGCUUCGACAGGACCUUAAUGAACAUACCCAGGCGGCAAUUCUACUUCAGAGCAGAGCGAGAGCGAAUGUGAUCCGGUCUGAAAUCCGGUCGCAAAAAGCAGCACUGGCAGAAGCAGAGACUUCCAUCCUGAAAUUACAAUCUAUGGGUCGAGGCUCCAUCCUCAGGAGACGAUUGGCAGCCGACGCCGAGGCCUUGCAGGAUGAAGCAAUGGUGAUCACACAUCUCCAGGCUCUCGCUCGUGCGGCAGUUCUCAGAAUCAAGGUUGGCGGAGAUCUGGACGAGCUUGAGGACUGUGAGGAUGAAGUCAGCCAAUUGCAGGCACAAAUUCGAGCGAUGCUGAUCCGGGUUGAAGUUGGCCAAAUGCUGGCAGACCUUGUUGCCGAAGAAGAUGUUGUCAUUGAGCUCCAAUCGCACAUACGUGGAUACCUAGUCCGCUCGAAAUUCGAAGAGAAACGUCAAUAUUAUCGCCAAAAUAUGGAAAAGGUUAUCAAGGCGCAAAGUUAUGUGCGAGGAAGAAUUCAGGGUCAAGCAUACAAGAGUCUUACUACCGGCAAGAAUCCUCCAGUAGGGACUGUUAAAGGCUUCGUGCACCUAUUGAAUGACAGCGAAUUUGACUUCGACGAGGAGAUUGAGUUUGAGCGAACAAGAAAGUUGGUAGUUCAGCAAGUUCGACAAAACGAGCUAGCGGAACAGUACAUUAGUCAGCUCGAUAUCAAGAUCGCUCUGCUGGUAAAGAACAAGAUCACCCUUGAUGAAGUCGUCAAGCACCAAAAGCACUUCGGCGGUCACGUUGGUAGCCUGCUGCCCAACAGAGAGAUCUCGUCCACAGACCCCUUCGAUCUCAAGGCCCUGAACAAGACGUCAAGGAGAAAACUUGAACAAUAUCAGGUGUUCUUCUUCCUUCUUCAGACCCAAUCGCAGUACUUGGCCAAGCUCUUCCGGCGUCUGCGUGAGCUCAACACCUCCGAGAAGGAAUACGAGCGGAUCAGACACCUGAUGAUGGGGCUUUUUGGCUAUUCGCAGAAGAGGCGAGAGGAGUACUACUUGAUCAGGCUGCUCGCACGUUCAGCGCGAGAAGAGAUUGAGAGCUUCGACUCGCUGCAUGAAUACUUGCGCUGCAAUGCGUUCUGGAACAAACUCUUCGCAUCUUAUAUCAAGUCUCCCCGAGACCGCAAGUUCAUGCGGGACACGCUGGGACCUGUCGUUCGAGAGAACAUCAUCGAAAACCCGGAACUGGACCUGGAAAGUGACCCAAUGCAGAUCUAUCGUUCAGCCAUUAAUAAUGAGGAACUGCGGACUGGGAAGAGAAGCAGGCGUCGACCUGAUAUCCCCCGAGAGGAGGCCAUUCGAGAUCCCGAAACCAGGGCGACUUUCAUUCAAAACCUUCAGGACCUUCGUGAUAUUGCCGAUCAAUUUUUUUCUGCCUUUGAAGAGCUACUUUAUCGGAUGCCCUUCGGUAUUCGGUAUAUCGCAAAAGAGAUAUAUGAGAGCUUGCUAUCAAGAUUUUCCAACGAAGACCCUGGAUUUAUCCUCCAAACUGUCGGCCAUUGGGUAUGGAGGAAUUAUUUCCAGCCUGCCAUUUUCGAACCCGAGAAGUACGGUGUGGUGGAUCGAGGUUUGACUCAAGAGCAGAAGCGAAACCUUUCUGAGAUUGCCAAGGUGAUUGCGCAAGUAGCUUCCGGACGACUUUUCGGUGCGGAGAAUGUCUACCUCCAGCCCUUGAACAAUUACAUCGGUGACUCCAUUCAACGGCUUGGCCAGACCUGGGGUGACAUGAUCUCUGUUCAGAAUGCAGAGGAUUACUUCGACAUCGAUGAGUUUAAUGAUCUCUACGCCAAAACGAAGCCCACCUUGUACAUCAAGAUGGCGGAUAUCUUCUCCAUCCAUCAACUCGUCGCCAGUGAGAUACAGUACAUGUGCCCAACCCAAGAUGAUAUCCUGAAAGAAGUCAUCCGUGACCUCGGAAAUGUGAAAUCCAAUGAGAGCGAGUUAAUGAGUGUCAACUCCUCUGAAAUCAGUCUCACACUGAAUCCAAAGCUUGCACAGGUUGAAGACCCUGAGGCAGAUGUCAAGGCUUUGUUCAUGGAAACAAAACGAUGCAUCCUGUACAUCAUCAGAGUUCAAACGGGUGCCAACUUAUUGGAGAUCAUGGUCAAGCCACCCACCGACGAAGACGAGGAAAAAUGGAUGAUGCUGGUGCGCGAUGAACUGAGUGCAAACAACACCAGGCGAAGCGCAUAUGCGGAGGCCAACACGAUGGUGGACAUUGCUUCCAUGAGUUACUCCGAGCUCAAGCGGACGGCACUUGAGAAUAUCUUGCACCUCGAACAGACUGGGAAGAUCCGCCGUGACAACUACUACCAGGAUCUCUUGAACGCGAUCGCUAUUGAUAUCCGGACCAAGCACCGCCGGAGAAUUCAACGGGAGCGAGAGUUGGAUAGCGCACGAAUGACGCUUGCACGUCUCAAUGACCAAGCUGUCUGGCUGGAUCAGCAGCUGAAGACGUACAAUGACUAUAUUGAGCAGGCGAUGAUCACCCUGCAGAACAAGAAGGGGAAGAAGAGGUUCCUUAUGCCUUUCACCAAGCAAUGGGACCACCAACGUGAGCUUCAGAAAUCGGGCAAGGUUUUCAAGUUUGGCUCUUACAAGUACUCGGCUCGGAACCUGGCCGACAAGGGUGUUCUUGUGCACUGGAAAGGAUACACCGAGCGCCAAUGGGACCGUGUCGACCUCACGAUCUCGAGUAAUGAAGUUGGUGUUUUUACUCUGGAUGGCAGCAGUGGUCCGAUGAUGAUUCCAGGUGCCAACGCCCAGGUACCAUUGGAUGAUUUGCUCCAGGCCCAGUUCAACAACAUGCAAUUUCUUGACUUCUUCGACGGACAGCUUCGGGUGAACGUCAACCUUUUCUUGCAUCUCAUAAUGAGGAAGUUCUACAAUGAAUAAUUGAGGACCUCGCAACAUGAUGUUGUUUCUUUUCUUUUCAUUUUCUCUCUAUAUCUUCUACCCUCUUAUGCUAUUGUGAUAUCCCACGUCUUUUCCUGUUAUAGCAUGUUGAACAUGACGAGAGCUCGGCGAGUUUGAUGCACAGAGACGAGCUCCUUAUCUUCGAUGAUUACCCCUCGUGUUCGUUGUUAUGCCUUUGUUUUGCCCCUUUGUCCUUGGAUGAUACUGAGUGCAUGUCUAUUCUAUGAUGAUUUGAUGAUCUUAUGUGUGUAGCUUUUAUGCUAAGCUGUACGUAUUGCAUGCUUGACUGCCGUGGAAACAAUAAUGAGUCAUGGUCAAUCCCGG